AUGAGAGCUUCGUCAGAAACACCUCCUCUGAACACAUCAGGACUGACCGAUUACUCUUUUUUGUACAACCAGACGCUUGAGAAUGCGGCCCAGGAUUAUGCGAACACCUGCCCAAAAGGACUUUCACCUGUAUCAUCACGUGAGGGCACGGGCGAAAUUUAUCAGUCUCUUCCAUCCAAUACCUUGGCAUUAAUGGACGUUAUAGAAGCGGCAUUAAAAGCAUCCUGGCAUCCAAUCAUGGUACAUGGCUUUGACCCGAGUUUGGAAUUUACAGAUUUGACUCCACAUCUAGCUAAUGCACCACUUAUGUUCACUCAAAUGGCAUGGGGUAGUACUUAUUCAGUCGGCUGUGCUGCUACUCGCUGUUCGGAUAACACUACCGUUAUUUGUCGCUAUAACCCAAGGCUUUCCUCAUUCACGGAUGCAACGGACAAGAUUGCUCUCAUUGAAUCAAAUUUCCAGAAGCCAAGUACUGUGCUUAAUGCAACGGCUCGACUGUAUAUUUCAAGCUGUAAUGCAAGAAGGGCUAACCUUCCAGAUGGUCAUUCAAUCAGUAUUUACGCUUUCACGAGCCAAUUGGUAUCCUCCAUGGGUCUAGACUUUAUACUCGGAUACGUACUCUCAGAGUGGCGAGAUGAGCCGGUUCUUCUUGGAAUUGACGACAAUAUGAUGUACACUAACACAGAGUUGAGAGCCUUUGCAAACAUGUUUUACUACAAGUCAACCGAAGUUGGAUGCUAUUAUAAUCUAUGCAACACAACAGGACAGGCAACGCAUGCUGUUGCUUGCGUAUUCAACAUGACAUCAAGACUUGCUCAAGGAUUGGUUCCGAAUGGUAAUACAGGCAAAAAAUUACCUGCAGGAACGGAUAUAGCUCAAUUGAGCUACAACAGGUGGCUUGAGUCAGAGGCGCAGGUAUAUGCGAACAAUUGCCCAACAGGACUUUCAUCUGAAGUAUCACAUGAGGGCAUCAUGGGCGAAAUUUAUCAGUCUCUUCCAUCUGAAACCUUGACAGAUAUGGACGUUAUAUCAACGGCAUUAAAAGCAUCCUGGCAUCAAAUCUACACAGCUGGCUUCAACGACCAAUUGGAAUUUAAAAAAUCCCUCGAAACAAUACCUAAUGCACCAGUUAUGUUCACUCAAAUGGCAUGGGCUAAUACUCGUGAAGUUGGUUGUGCUGCUGCCCGUUGUUCAAGUAACACUACCGUUAUUUGUCGCUAUUACCCACGGUAA